AUGGUCGAAUCGUCUUCACCAAACUCGCUUGACCCGUCCAAAAACCUAUUCAGUGCUCUUCUAGACGCAAUAGCUGAACAGUCUCAAUAUGCUGAUGAUAACGAUAUAAACUGGGACCGCUUUGGUUCCCUUUCAGCUUACAUAUGCUCCUUCUACGGCUUCUCCACCAUGUUCCUAGCAUUCAUCCUCAACAGAACGGCGAUAUUCGCCUCGGCCCGAGCCAAUAGCCGCCCUAGAGCCCGCCAGAUCCAUAAUCGUGGCUUUUUGGGUGCAACGUCCAGAGCUGAUUGGCCCUUUGCCCUUUGCACUUUGCUUCUCAGACUUUCAGCAAUCGCUGCCUUGGGAUAUGCUAUGCGUAACGUCCUUGUGGUGCUCAGAAUCAUGAAGAGCAAUGCUAAGGAUGUUGGGCUGCUUCCGCUACUUAUACGACUCAUUCCCGACGACUGGUUCUUGUAUGACCCGGUCAAAUAUGCCCAAGAUCGGUACAUGAGCAUGCCCCGUUCCGAGGUCCGUUUCGGUCCAACUUCCGACAUGCUCUAUACGGUGUACUUGGCGGCUAGCUACCUGGAGUUCAUCGAGGUGUUUGUGCUGGCCAUUCUGGGUAAAACACCAAAAGUGGGCCGGGCCAUUACUAUCUUGGAGCUUUCCGUUUCUCUCCAAGAGGUAAGCUCAGGAUUCUACUUCCUCCGUAAGUUUACCCCAGCAAAGCGCCCCACAGAGCAGGUCCUCAUGGUUUGCAUGUUCCUGUUGGCAGAUCACAUCCUAUUCCACAUUGGCACCCUCUUGUAUGACAGAAGAUAUCGUUUGAUUCCUCUGUCGGUGGUCAGCAUAAUGUUCAUACUCUACCACUGGCGCUGUCUCUGCAACGGCACCUGGUUCAACUUCCCCGUUGUGAUAAUUUCAGCAUACACCUCGCUUUUGUUCCUUUGGGCCGUGAUCAUUCUGUGUGCCUUGAUAUUCAUACUAGCCAUCAUUGCCAAGGGAUCCAAAUACGAGGAGCUACAAUUUGCUAGUUACUUCACUGGCCCCGAGGAAAGUAACGAAUUCUUCUCAAAGCACAUAGGAUGCUCCCUUGACGAUGACUUUUUCCUGUUUUCCCUGAAGUUGAGUCUCUUUGCGAUCACGCUGGCCGGAAGAUCGAGCUACAUCACCGAGUACAACUACGUAACAGGCUCACAAAGUACCUGGGUUGAGCAGUCCAUCACAGAUAAACUUAUUUCAAUGUUCGGCGCUGGCAGCCUUAAAAGAGACUCUGACUCCACACAGAGCAGAAAGAUUAUAGCCUACUUGAAGGAAAACAAGGUCAGCGGUUACGGCAAUCUUGUUGACAAACCCCCUCUUCGUCUUAUUUCUCGGAACAAAGACGAAAAAUUUAACUUCAAGUUGCAGGGCGCCUGGAGACAGCGUUUCUUCUACCUUCGCGAGUCGACGAUCCGUUUCACUCAGCUUAUCAAGGCAUUGGUGGUCGACACUUUUGCCCUUUAUCUUAUCCCAAGACUUUUCCGCAAGUACAUAUUGAGGAGGCCAAUUAGCCUCUGGGGCAGCGACCACGAAACUGAGGAGGAAUACCGAAUCCGGCAGAAUAGAGCACCCAAGUUUGUGCAACCUUUCAUCAAAAAGAGGGAGCCCGUUACGGAUGGCACACAAAAGCUCAAUAUCAAUUCUGUGGCAGACGAGGAGCUUGCAACACAGUAUUCGUCAAUUCUCCAGCAGAUGGAGCUCGACGAGGUGGACGAGCUGCCUGAUUUCAUUCCUGACCUGGAGCUUGAGUCAGACUCGGAUGUGGAGUCCGUCGAUCUCACUCAUGCGGUGAUCACCCUGUCUCUGCAAGAAACACCGUUGGGAGAACUCAUUACGUCGGAAAAUUUACUUGAAUUUCUUCAGGGAGACUCUGAUUUGCUCACUCGGCAUCUUGACUACGACGCUAAAGAGGGUAUAAUGACAAGAUCCCGCUUCAGGGCACGCAACAAACCGGGGGUGCAUGAAGCUGAAGAACUAUUGGACCUCAUUAUAGCCAAAAGGGCUCGGGACGAUCGCACAAAGCCCCGCCACGGGCGCACCGAUAUAGACGACGACGAUGACGACUUGCUUGAUGCACGCAUGGCUUGUGUGGUAUGCCAAGUCAAUAUGAGAGAGAUCAUUACAUGGCCGUGCAAGUGUUUUGCGAUUUGCGAGAGCUGUCGACUCAGUCUUAUGGCGAAAAGUAUGGAGGGUUGUGUGUGCUGCCGCCGUGACGUCGAGGGUGUUUCUCGAGUCUACCUUCCAUGA